AUGACUAUGAUGAGUACCCAGGCCCCGCUGGUUGGCGAAGGCCUUAGUGGUUUGGACACAGUCUCCAACGUGGACGAGCUGGUGGAGCUGCUGUACCCAGAGUAUAGCCUGGUGCAGCACUGCCUACGUAGGAAAGCCUUGCACAACUCCCCUCCUCUCCAUGCUGAAGACGAUAUCUGGGCCUGGGGCAAGCCCAGGGAGCUGGCACUGGUCAAGUCUGACAGCGCCAUUGAAGUCAUUCUGGAGGAGAUCCAGCGUACCAUGUGUACUCCUCGGGAGGUAUGUCUGGAGGUGUCUAAGGAGUACCCGGAGAGCACCAGUCACUUCUACGUGCCUCGCUGUGUGUCUGUGCACCGCUGUGGGGGCUGCUGUCCCCAGGAGGGUCUGUACUGCACUAACACCAGCCACAUCUACAUCAACAAGACGCUGGUGGAGUUGUCUCACCGUGACCGCUCUAUGGUGAUGGUGGCGUUCGUCAACCACACGUCCUGUGAGUGUCUGUCCAAGAGGCCCCUGCACUCCGUCAUCAGGAGGGCCGCUGCAGCUCACCUCACCGUGUGUUCCCCGCCAGAUGUUCCCUGCAGUACAGGACUGGUCUGGGACCCCACCAGCUGCCUGUGUGUUCCCAUGGACACAAGCUCCUUCUCAGAGAGAGAGCUAGAGCCACUGGAGUCAGCCUUGCUGGAGCUGUGUGGCCCCAACAAAGUCCUGGAUGAGGACAGCUGUGAGUGUGUGUGUCAGAACGGUCUGACGGAGGCCAGCUGUGGGCCAGGCUGGCGUCUAGACCAAGAGUCCUGUGAGUGUCUCUGUGAGGACCAGCCCGGCCCAUGGACCUGCCCACCCAACCAACGCUGGGACCCAGAUCUGUGUGGCUGUGUGUGCCGGGCAGAGUGCCCACGUAGUCAGCCUCUCAACCCAGAGACGUGCCUGUGCCAGUGCAGGGAGAGUCCUCACACCUGCCUGCUGCAGGGCAAGAGGUUCAACGCACACAACUGCAGCUGUUACCGGCUGCCCUGCAGAAAGCCACACAAGAACUGUCCAACUGGCUUCUACUACAGCCACUACGUCUGCCAGUGCAUACCCAACCACAUGAGGUCAGAGGAGUGGAACUGACAAAGCUGGUGUCACUAGCACUGGUGCCAAACUGCAAUGUACUGUAACUGUAUGGUGAAAUAGAGCAGAAAUGAAGGCUGACCUGACUACAACCAUUGUCCACAUGGGCCGGAAUGGAGAAGAACGUGUGGCAGAGAGGAGACUGACCAAAUGGUAUUCUAUACUCAACAAUAAUAUAAACACAACAUGUAAACUGUUGGUCCCAUGUUUCAUGAGCUGAAAUAAAAGA